UUUUACAAGUUGGCUAGUGUUGGGCGCGCCUUCAUAGUACGGUGCAAGCAAUUUUAUUGUCUGGUGAAAAGUGAAAUUAAUUAGAUUUAGGGCAGUGUCAGCGGUUCUUGUUUGAGCUUUUGUUGGACAUGUGAUAUUUACACACUGAGCUACAAUCUGUGUAUCGUGUGAAGAGAGCCUUUGAGGUCCUUUCUAACCCUGUGACCUCACUCGAAUACGUCACCAUGUUUUGGUUAUCAUUAUUUUUGGUAGCCAUCGUCGGCAGCGUCCAUGCCCAGCAGACAGCACAGACAAGGGUAGCGGACGAGCUUAGCGAGUGCUAUAGAGAUCCCAAUCUCCUGAACAGAAAUAACUUGCCGCCCGUCACCAUACAAGUUCUCAUCGACAUCAUCCGCAAAAUAGAAGACAAUCCAAAUGUCAAUAUGGAUCUCAGACAGCUAUCAGCGGUACUUCUUCAUACGUACCGGCAAGAUGGUAUUGAGUUCCAUCAGCCUGAAAACUCGAUGAGCUCAUCGAAUGUAUUGCCGUUUGCUCCUACAUUCCACUCCUUCCAUCGCCACAGACUUCUACUAACGAGACUCAUUCCAAACAACUUGCAAGUGCUGGGUAACGACACAGUCUCCUCUGUUUUGAAGUGCACCUUACACCAUAUGCUGUCUACUACUGUCGACGCAAGAGUACGUGGAGAUGAAACCCAAUGCAACCAGUUAUCUCAAUACAGAUCCCUUAGAACUGCUCGUUCUGCUCGAUCCAUAAGCGAGGAUGUAGAGAUAAUGAAACCAUCUGCACUGAAAUCUGCUAACAGAAGGAACGGUCAUAUGAGGCAUUUCGAUCCCAACAACGACGUUGAGUUUAGUAACUUUGGUGGAUCUUUAUCGGAGCGUCAGGUCGUUGAGAGCACCUGUCCUUUACUGGAUGGUGUAGUGAACACUCCAUGGGGUGCGGUGUCUGCCGGCAACCUUAUAGCCGGAAUCGCAGCGGGAGCACAACCACAGCAAGUGAAUAUAUAUGAGCUGGUUCGGGACUCUACCCUCAAUUAUCGAAGUGUUCAACAAACCGUCAAUUCCCUUUUCCCAGCUACUUUAUCAGGUGACUUGGCCGAAGCUGUUCUCAUCCAGGGAACGGAGAGGGGCAGCACCUCCAUAUCCAUCGGGACUGCCGGCAACUGGAACAGCACGCAGGCCACCAGACACUUCAUGUUACAGAACCGCGUCAACGUCGAGAUGACUGACCCUGAGAUCCGCGGAGACAUCGACGGCUUCGUCCUAGGCAGAUCCAUGACGUCACUCUUGGGAGCCUUCAGUUCCAUGAAGGUGUCUCAACUGUUAGACAUGUAUUACUCUCCCAGGAACGGAGCUUUUGAUCCCAACUUACGAGCCUGCAACCGUCGCCAAUUAUUGCCACAGUUCGCAACUAGUGAAAACCUUAUCAGUGAGACAUUGGCCUUUACAGCAGCUUUGGACACAAACAUGCCCCUGCGUGGAACUAUUGUCGAUGGCAUGGAACAAUUGGUUACUAGCGCUGUCACCAAUUUGAUGACUUACACCACAAACAAUAUGAAUGACAUGAACUGCGCCACAACAGUUACACAAAGUAACGAUUUCCGUCUGAACACGAACUUAUACAUAGCUCUUGACGCAUCCUGGCCGUACACAGCUGUGUUCCCAGCCAUCUCGUAUUUGAUAGACACAAUCGAAAUUGGAAAGUUUGGAUCCAGUAUCACUUUACUAAGCGCUUUUGAUGGAAGCGUCGUUAUCAAUACAACUCACUCUCCUGCUGAUUUUUAUGCUGAAUAUACUCUUAGCAAACACCAGCAAAUAUUGAACGGGGUAAAUCUGGAGACAAGUUUGAACAAUAUUAGGCUGAGGAUGCAAGAUCAGCUCAGAAACGAAAGCUUGGCUGGCUAUGUAGGUGGUAACUCUACUGUUUUACUGUAUCUGAUUAAUUCAGGCAAUUUACAAAACAAUGUGGCAAUCCAAGAACACGCUCGACUGCUAAACGACACAGUCCCAGACUUAAGACUUCUGUUCGCGAGCGCAACCAAUCAGUAUGACAAUUUAUGGAGCUUAGUGCGUGAUAUGUACAACGAUAUAUUUACUAUCAAUCUGAAUCAAGCUGGAACUAAUGUCGCGACAGCUAUGCAACCAGUAUUGCAACGAAUCCAAAGCGUUGGAAGAAGGAUCGUGAACCCCAUUUGUGGAUCAGCGUUUGCUGAGGGUACCUCUGGCACUAGGCAAUUCAUAGACGCUGUUGAGCCCGGAUAUAUCAACUUCUACGCUCUCAGUGCUAACUACUUCUACGUAAGCGACAAUGUUAACCGAAAAAUCAGGAUAUCUCGAGUUGGAGCCGGUUCCGGCAGUCUAAUAAUCUGUUCGUCACGCACCAAUCCUCAGCCCAGGACUAACACUACAAGCAAUCCAGAUGCUUCAGCGACGUCAUGCCAAACGUUAGGUGCUUCUGGUAAUGUGGAAAUUACCUUGGUGGACGCCUGCGCUGAUUACUCCAUGAUCGGAUCAUGCCCGCCAUUGUAUUUGUCUAUUCAAUCUAAUGCCGAACUCACACCUGGAAGCUUCGCCAGCGCCGUGUGUACAGACAUAAGUUGCAGAUUCCCGUAUAACAUCAGGUACCAAGUGCAAAUAGAAGACUUAGGGUGCUGGAGUGGUGCCGGCAGUGUCACAGCCAGCUUCAUCUUUAUUUUGGCCUCUUUAUACUUCACAUUAAAUGGGUCUUGGUAGAAACUAGGUGCAUUUGUAAUUUAAACCUACCGAUUAUUUUUAGUAUUAGCAGUUUAGAGUAUAACAGUUACAGGGAUAAUUAAUUACCAUUUUUUUUCUGUUAAUGCUCGAAAUUCAAGCUUAAUAAUAUGCCACCAGUAUCAUAAUUAUUACGUGACAUAACGGCAGAACGAUGGAUUAAUCCUAUUAUUUUGUCAGCGUAUUUAUUUAUUUCUAGAAAAGACAGGGUAAUGAGAGUGGAAAAAAUAUAGGUGUCUACUACAUUUAUCAAUAAUCUUCAUGUUAACAGCCUAAGUUACUAGUUGUUAUCAAUUUUCUGCUAAUUCCUAGGAGAUAAAUAUCGUAACUAACAUGUGUUUUAUUAAACAUAAAUUUAAUAAUGUAUUAAGCAUUUUGUAAACUUAGGUAUGAAUAGGAUUUUAGAUGAUUAAGCUAUGCCAGUACCAAAA